UCGUAAUUUGGCAACGGAAAGAAAAUGUCGCUUGCUUCCCCUCUUCUACUCUCGCCAUGUCCGACUUCGUUCGGCCGCACCGCCGGCGCGCCUGUUCAGCCGCGCGCUCGUCAUCCUAAAUCGCAGCGACAACCUGUAUCGCCAAUCACUCUUCCCUCGGGAGAUUCCCGCAGAGAACCUCUUUGCUGUCUCUGCUCCUCGUCGUCUACUGCAUCUCCGAUGCCUCUCGAAGCUUCCGUUCGUACUUCUCAGGUUCGUGAUUGUUUGUUAUAUUCGAGAGCAUUUUGGGUUAGCGAGCGCGUAAUCGCUUGGAAUUUGGAGAUUGGAGAAGGUUCCUGCUACUUGUGCGCGAGCAGAAUUGCUGGUUUAACGUUCGACGAUGACGGAAUCACAGGUUAUGAUUUAAGAGUUGAGCUUGAAGUUGAAUCUAGUCCACUUCCUUCAAAUGUGAUUGAAAAGUUUCCGCAUAUCAAGCGUUACAGACAGUUCAAAGUUCCUUUGGAUUUGGAUGUCAGAGAUCUUGUCAAAAGCCAGUUAGCUGUUACUUACUUUGACACGGAAGGGCGGCUAAUCGAGGGAACCGGGUUGCAAUUACCUGGAGUCUUGGAUGAAUUGUUCUCCUAUGAUGGUCCUCUAGGUGCACAUUAUACAGAAGAAGCUAUCUGUCUUCACCUUUGGGCCCCUACUGCUCAAGCAGUUUCUGUUUGUAUCUACGAGAAUCCUCUAGACCAGAAUCCCAUGGAAAUCAUCCCACUUAAGGAGGCUAAUGGUGUGUGGAGCAUGGAAGGACCUAGUAGUUGGGAAGGAUGGUAUUAUGUGUAUGAAGUUUCAGUCUACCAUCCUAGCACCUUGAAAGUCGAGAUUUGCUAUGCAAACGAUCCAUACGCUCGGGGGAUUUCAGCUGAUGGUAGCAAAACUUUGCUGGUGAAUCUUGAUUCUGAUGAUCUUAAGCCUGAAGGAUGGGGUAAAUUAGCUGAGGAAAAACCAUGUUUGAGUUCAUUCUCAGAUAUAAGUAUAUAUGAGCUUCAUGUGAGGGAUUUCAGUGCCAAUGACCAUUCCGUAGAUCCUGAAGUUCGUGGUGGAUACCUGGCAUUUACGUUGACGAAUUCAGCUGGAGUGAAUCAUCUAAAAAAAUUGUCAGAUGCGGGCCUUAGUCAUAUACAUCUUUUGCCAACAUUUCAGUUUGGUAGUGUCAGUGAUGAGAAGGAGAAGUGGAAGUCUGUCGAUACCAAUCCGCUAGAAAAAUCAGCAUCAGAUUCACCUGAGGCACAAGCUCAGAUUACAGAAGUUCAGAAUGAUGAUGGUUAUAACUGGGGGUAUGAUCCUGUGCUCUGGGGAGUACCUAAAGGAAGCUAUGCAAGUAACCCAAGUGGUUCAUGCCGUAUACUGGAAUUUAGAAGGAUGGUUCAGGCUCUAAACCAUAUUGGUCUACGCAUUGUGCUAGAUGUUGUCUAUAACCACUUGUAUGCAAAUGGGCCACAUGACAAAAACUCUGUUCUUGAUAAGAUUGUUCCAGGUUACUAUUUGAGAAUGAACCAUGAUGGUUUUAUUGAAAAUAGUACAUGUGUGAAUAACACUGCCAGUGAGCAUUUUAUGGCUGGCCGUCUGAUACACGAUGAUCUCUUAAAUUGGGCUGUUAAUUAUAAGGUUGAUGGAUUCCGUUUUGACCUCAUGGGUCAUCUAAUGAAAUCUACCAUGGUAAAAGCGAAAGAGGCACUCAGUGAGUUGACAAAGGAAACUGAUGGAGUUGAUGGCUCAAGUAUUUAUUUAUAUGGUGAAGGAUGGGACUUUGGUGAAGUUGCUCAAAAUGGACGUGGAAUAAAUGCUUCACAAUUCAACCUGUGCGGAACUGGAAUUGGCAGUUUUAACGAUCGUAUCCGGGAUGCAAUCCUUGGAGGAUCACCGUUUGGUCACCCUCUUCAACAAGGCUUCAUUACAGGCUUAUUAUUGCGGCCCAAUAGUCAUGACCAAGGUUCGGAAUCUGAUCAAGAACUCAUGCUUUCUAUCGCAAAGGAUAAGAUUGAGGUUGGGAUGGCAGCAAAUUUGAAGGAUUUUGUGUUGACAGAUCACGAAGGGAAAGAGGUGAAAGGGUCAGAAGUUUUACGGCAUGAUGGAACACCUGUUGCAUAUGCUUCACAGCCCACUGAAACAAUUAACUACGUCUCUGCUCAUGACAAUGAAACCUUGUUUGACAUUAUCAGUAUGAAGACUCCAAUGGGACAUUCUGCGGGUGAAAGAUGCCAAAUAAAUCAUCUGGCCUCCAGUAUGAUAGGACUAUCACAGGGAAUACCAUUUUUCCAUGCGGGGGACGAGAUUCUACGCUCAAAGUCACUUGAUCGUGAUUCAUACAACUCCGGUGACUGGUUCAACAGGCUGGACUUCAGUUACAGUUCCAACAACUGGGGUGUCGGGCUUCCUCCAAGGGAGAAAAACAAACAGAACUGGCCACUAAUUAAACCGAGAUUACGAGAUCCAUCAUUCAAGCCUCAGAGUAGCCACAUUAUCUCUGCUUUCCACAACUUUUUAGAUGUCUUACGCAUCCGAUACUCCUCUCCUCUUUUCCGCUUGAGAACGGCAAAUAACAUCCAGGAGCGAGUAAGAUUCCACAACAGUGGCCCCUCAGCUAUCCCAGGUGCCAUUGUGAUGAGCAUUGAAGAUGGUCACAAAGGCAUCCCAGGUUUAUCUCAGAUCGAUCCAUUAUAUUCAUACAUAGUGGUUAUUUUCAACGCACGCCCAUCGGAGCUCUUGUUCCAUAGCCCUGUUAUUAAAGGCAGGAAUCUGAAAUUACACCCGAUACAGAUUGAAUCAGAGGAUGAAGUAGUGAAGAAAUCGGUGUACGACUCAUCUUCUGGAUGCUUCACUGUUCCAGGAACGACCACAUCGGUGUUUGUUGAGCCGAGGAACAGUUGAACUUGAACUUCUACCAACAGGUAUGUACAUAUCUCACACAUGUAACUCAGUCUUGCUGUAAUAAUCUUGCAAUUGGUGUCAAGCUCUUUGGAACAAAACCAUGAGCAUGCAUGUAUGGAUCAAAGACAUAAUAGGUGUUGAGGUUGAUUAGUAAUAGUAUUUGUCUUGCCCGUGUUUAAAUGGACUCUAGAGGGACCAAAGUUGCUAUUUAGUAUCUUGUUCUUGUUGA